GAAGAAACAGGAGGAAGUGCAGGUGCUCGAGUCGACCAUCAGGAAACGUACAGAGGAACAGAAGGAGAUGGGGUUGACGCUUGAAGCCACGUGCGAGAUAUGUCUCAAGACCAAGUUCGCGGAUGGUGUCGGUCACGUGUGUCAUUACUGUAGCGUGCGAUGUUGUGCUCGUUGUGGUGGCAAGGUUACCUUACGUUCUAAUAAGGUUAUUUGGGUUUGUAUCCUAUGCCGCAAGAAACAAGAAUUGCUCAUCAAAACCGGACAGUGGGUACACAGCAAUCUUAAUAACAACGAAGGACAAAGUCUUGAAUCAAGUCCUAGCUCAGAGACAUUUAUCGAACAUUCUGAUUCUAAGCAGAAACAAGAAAGACGACCUCGUUUAGAGAAAGCUCGUAGUACGGACAGGGAAAGCAUUCCGCAGGACAACCUCAGUUCACUCCAUUCUGGGGGUGGACAGUCUUUACCUGGAAGUAGGCGUGGCUCAUUGAAAAGAUCAGGAAGUUCCAAAAGUCGGGAACUCCGAAGACAAUAUUCACAAGAAGAAACGAGUCAAAGACAAAACGUCGCCGAUCGACACACUAGACGUUCGCUUGAAGCUGGGGAUGCGAUAUUACAUGAAAGGGGAAAUUCCAUUUCUGAGAGAAGGUCACCAUCCAGCAGUGAUCGCCGAAGAAGACGACCUGGUUCAGAGCUAAGAGACGACGCAGCAGACGAAAGACAUCACCGACAUAAUCUAGAAAGAGGGCGCCAUAUGCAGCGAGAUGGCGCGCGGUCUAGAGACCCUUCACUGUCGCCACCUACGAGGAAUGACGCUGAACUACGUGAAUCAGAGUUGGUAAGAUCGCGAGAGUCAUCUCUUCGUAAUCGACGUAGAGGAACUCGAGAAAUUAGACGUGAAGAUAUUCAGUUCUCUGAUGCUGCGAAUCGAGACGAGUACAGAGCCAGAGAUAGGAGUUCUAGGAAUGGGUCCUUGGAACGACAACCACAACAGACCAGUGAAAGUGAGAGAGAACGAUCUCGCGAUGUGCCCAUCGAAAGAGGGCGUGGUAGUAAUUACUCCCAUGUGUAUGACCGUGAAAGACGACGUGACCCAGAAAAUAGAAAUCGUCGAGAUUCUGGGAAAGCUCAGGAUCUUAGAGAAUCUCAUCAUCAAAAAAGGUUUUCAGAGCUUGAUCACUAUGUUGAUGAGAUAGUUAUACAUCCAGAAGACACACAGAGUCGGCACAUCUCAAAAGUUUCAAGAAGCAGUGAAGAGUGGAGAAAGGAAAUGUCGGGAUUCGGUCCCACAUCAGUUUCGAACGCGGACACAAGGGGGCGCUUUAGCAAUUAUGUACGAAAGAAAGGGGAUCCCAGAAAUGAAUCAUACGGUUCUGAACAAUCUGAAUAUACGAGGUCUAAACCUCAUAAACACAGGCGUGGAAAAAUACAACGCCAAAGGUCUUCAAGUAGUUCGGAUGACGAGAUUAAAACAACUCCGGAUGACGAGAUUAAAACAACCCCGGAAUGGUCCAGUUGCGAUGACGGGGAUAUUGAAGGUGUCAUAGAACAAGGAGAACGUGUUCACUCCAGAUACAAAUCAGGUCACUCAGAGACUCCGUCGACACCCAGGAAAAACCACGCUGUACAGAGAGGACCAGAUUGUUAUUACAGCAACCAAGACAUAUGGGAUGAUGCAGGCAGUCCGGUUCAUAAAAAAACAGUUCGUUUCAACCGUGACAGCGCCACCUCUCGACAAAAUUCUGAAGAACUUUGGGACGAACAGCAAACCAAAGACUCUGGCAUAGAUACCAGUAGUAGCGCCACAUUAAAUGAAGAUAACAAUAAUAAGCAUCCUGUUGCAUGGAAGUCUUCUUCCGAUGGGACCAGGAUGAUAGGUCACAUGAUCUUGAAGAAGACCUUAAAAGAAGUUGACGGCAGCGCCUCCUCAGCCGCCAUCUUGGGCCUGAAGGUUGUCGGUGGACGAUUCUUGGGUUCAGGUCGACUUGGUGCUUUGGUAGAAAAAGUGAAAAAGGGAAGUGUGGCUGAUAUUGUCGGACACCUGCGGCCAGGAGACGAGGUGCUCGAGUGGAACGGGCAUUCUUUACAGGGUAGAACGUACGAAGAAGUGUUUGACAUUAUCUCUGAGUCAAGACAAGACCACCAGGUGGAGCUGAGAGUGUGUAGGCCUAUAAGUGAUAUCGGAUGGACAGAAACUGUGGCUUCUAGAGGUGGACAAAACCAGGAGUUUAUUACUUUAGAAGACGUAAGCAAACACAACCUUCAACAAGACUGGAGACCAAGUGUGACAGUGACGUCGCCAAGCUCACCAGAAACUGUAAGAUUACGGCCUCACUCGCCAGUUGUUGGUGGUAGAAUACAGCUUAAACUGUGGUAUGACUCUCAGGCUUUACAGCUUGUUGUCACAAUAAUCUGUGCUGCAGAGCUUAGACCCAGGGUAAGCCAACUGACCCGCAAUCCAUACGCCAAAGUGUUUCUUCUUCCUGACAGAAGUGAAAAAAGCAAGAGAAGAACUAAAACUAUCGCCAAUACGAACGAACCUCGAUGGAAUCAAACGUUCGUUUAUUCUUCCUUGAGACGAUCGGACUUAAAAACCAGAGCAUUGGAAAUCACGGUAUGGGACUACGAUCGUUAUGGCGCUAACGAUUACUUAGGAGAGGUUGUGGUCGACCUUUCAUCAACACCUUUAGACAACAAAGGUCAGUGGUAUUUCCUGGUCAGCCAUGAAGACACACUGAAUGCUCAACUGAGACGACAAGCAAUGUUCUUGGACACUGAUGGAGGAUCUGGCACGUUGGCUGACCACCUGUCUCCGCUAUCAAAUGUCUCCAGCCGUCUAUCUGAUGGUGACAUUUCAGACUAUGAUGAUGGAACAAUAGUUGGGGCAUCUCCUUGGGAGGAGCUCCGAUAUGACCACCAGUGGGACGAACAUUACAGAGGAGAGGACUCUAUUCCCUCUGCCACCAGAGGGCGACCACCUUCUAUUAUUCCCAGUGACCGUCCACCUUAUUCACGGCGGGGAGUAGAGUACACUUCAAGGUCGUUAUCCCCACCUAAUAGAAGGUCUUCUUCACCCUUGCACGGGAAUACAAUCGUCUCUGAAAGGUAUCAAACUCAUUCAGUAGAGAGAAUCCCAACAGGAACCCCUUCUCCUAAAAAACGUCAGCUACCCCCUACUCCAGCAACGUUUCAAAAAAGUGGUGACCUAGCCCUUGAUCUUGAGGAUAUGGCUACACGACAACUGAGGCAGAGAGUUCAAAUACACAGGCGCACGGGUGCUGGUAGAUAUUCCGAUGGAGAAAUGUCUCCAACUCACUCUUUCGAGAAGCAGCUCCAUGCUCAUCCUUAUAGAGGGAGCCACGCCCGUGACAGUAACCUCAGGGGCAGCCAUUCUGCACCUGACAAAAGGAAUUCACGUGCUGGACAAAUAGCGAGUCCGGAAAAAGAAGGAGUGGAGAGUGACGAGUCUGAAACCAGCUCAGCUUCUAAGUUUAGUCUCAGCAGUGCCUUCUCUACACAGUCUAAGGGUAGCCGAACACUGAGCGAGUUUACAUCGAGAAUGCAGGGUUAUGGACCUGUUCACCCUCCUCGGCCCGGAAGAAGAGGCCCAUUAGUACAGAGUAUGAGUAUUGAUGGGGAAAGUGAUGACAAAGGUGAUGGAAGCCUGUCAGACACGGCGGUUGGUUCCAUUACUGAGAGGAGUGACAUAUUACAACAGACCGGUGGAGGGAAGAUCACAAAGGGAGGUAAAGCCAUCCAGUUUGUAGGACUUUCCCAGAAAAGCAGCAGCACGUCACAGUUGAGUGCUACAGGCCAUCGAAAACGUUUACGUUUUCGUCGAAAGCGUACCACACCUCUGAACGUGCAUCGAAGCGAAGAGAUUGCCCCUAUAGAGUGUCGCCAUCUGGUGAAUCCUCCCAGCAGUGUAUCAUCUGAUGGAGAGAGCAGUUUGGCUGGGGAUGUCCCAGUGUGGAUGCCAGCUUUACGUUUGACACCAGAGGGAGAAUAUUCCACUUUUGUGCAAGGUCUGGGACCUGGUCAGCUUGUCGGUAGACAAGCACUAGCCUCCCCAAACUUGGGAGACAUACAACUGAGCGUCUGUGAUAGAAAAGGGAACCUCGAGGUUGAAGUUAUUAGGGCGAGAGGUCUUCAACCAAAACCAGGAGCCAAGUGUUUACCAGCACCUUACGUGAAAGUGUACUUAGUUCAGGGCACCAAGUGUCUCUCGAAGGCCAAAACUACAACUGCGCGACGAACCUUGGACCCUUUGUACCAAGAGCAACUACACUUCCACGAAGAUUACAGGGGGUGCAUACUGCAGGUUACUGUGUGGGGGGACUACGGAAGGAUGGAGAAGAAAGUUUUCAUGGGCGUGGCUCAGAUCAUGUUGGACGAUGUCGAUCUCUCUAAUAUCGUGAUUGGAUGGUACAAAUUGUUCCAUCCUGCCUCUCUCGUCAAUCUUCCGGGAAACAGACAAGGAAAUUCUCAGUCUUCAUUAGAUAGUUUUGGCUGAUUGUGUUUGUUUCUGUUUAAUAAGAAUUGGUGAAGGACGUAAAGAAUCUGUGAUGGAAGGUAACGUCGACCCGGUGUUCUCUCCCCCCCUCUCCCCCAUUGUACUAAUAUUCCUAUUGAGGAUGUGACUUAAUACGACUUCGUCAUCUGUGCUGUAAACGCGAGGACCAAACACAAUAAGUGAUCUGAAGAAACCUGCGAACAGAGAAAGAGUGCCUGGUAAUCAUAGAAUGUUAGUGGUUAUUUCAUCUAUAUAUAUAUAUAAAUAUAUAUAUAUAAUAAUAAUAAUAAUACUUCCUCAAUGAACUUACAACAUUUUCUUGUUGGAGUAGCUGCUUCAAAUUUUAUAUCAUAUUUGUUUUAUUCACAUUUUCCAUAUAAAUAGUACUUCCAAGUUUUCCCGUAGAAAAGAAAUCUAAACAUUUUCGACAGUAUACCUCGCGCCUUUCCAUAUAAAUACGAUAAAACUGUUACACAAAGAUAUCGAAUAUGUCUUUAAAUCUUAGAAUAGUAUUUGACUUAUCUUGCACUUAACUUUCUCUCUAAUACAACCAUUUUUACUCUAGUCAAAGUGUUAAAGUGCACAUGCAAAUGUUUAAAAAAUCAGAUUUACGUAUAUCUAUCUAUUUAUAUAUAUAUAUAUAUAUAUAUACAUACA